CGGAGUGGGGCGGGGCCCUCCUGGCCGCAGCUUCUGCACCUGUUCUUCGGUGCGUGGCUUUGGUUGCGGACGGCUGAAGGAACAUACAACAGACAGGUGUCCCAGGACCCUGAUGGCGAACUUCAAGGGCCACGCUCUCCCAGGAAGUUUCUUCCUGAUAGUUGGACUAUGGUGGUCAGUGAAGUUCCCGCUCAAAUACUUCCACCAGAAGAGAAAGAACAGCAGACUGAAUUACCACUACCAACGUCUCGAGAUCAUCGAAGCUGCGGUCAGGACCGUGUUUUCGCUCAUUGGAAUUCUGGCAGAGCAGUUUGUUCCAGAUGGGCCCCACCUUCACCUCUACAAUGAAAAACAAUGGGUGAAGUUAAUGAACUGGCAGCACAGCACCAUGUACCUGUUCUUUGCAGUCUCAGGAAUUGUUGAUAUGCUCACCUGUUUGGUCACCCACAUCCCCUUGGGGGUGGACAGACUGAUCAUGGCCAUGUCAGUAUUUAUUGAAGGUUUUCUCUUCUAUUACCAUGUUCAUAACCGACCUCCAUUGGACCAGCACAUCCACUCCCUGCUGCUGGUUGCUUUGUUUGGAGGGAGUGUCAGUGUCUUCCUGGAAGUGAUCUUCCGUGACAACAUCGUGCUGGAACUUUUCCGAACCAGUCUCGUUCUUCUGCAGGGGACCUGGUUCUGGCAGAUUGGAUUUGUGCUAUUCCCACCAUUUGGAACCCCUGAAUGGGACCAGCAGGAAGAUACAAACCUCAUGUUCAUCACCAUGUGUUUCUGCUGGCACUACCUGGCUGCUCUCUGCAUCGUAGCCACCAACUACUUCCUGGUUUACUGGUUUUGCAUUCGGCUGAAGAGACAGGAAGGAGGGGAAAUCAUUGGGAUUCAGAAGCUGAAGUCAGAUCACACUGACCAUACUGCCCUCCUGGAUGACUCGGAAGAAGAAUGAACUAGACUGUGAUGAGGGCAGAGUGUUGUCUCCAAUCUGAACCAAUGCAGCCAACACAGCUCAUCCCCUCGAUUUUAAUACCUGCUCUGCUCUGCUCUUGUGGUUCUAUGCAUUUCCUCCUCCUCAUUGAAUACAAAGCUGGACAUUUUCAGUAGGAAAUUAGGAGGCAUCUGAUGUUUCUGUAUAAUCUUGCUGUUUUAAUUUUUAAAUGUAACAACCUGUAGCAUCCUUCAUCAAGAAAAAGGAAGCAAUCCUUAUGCAAGAGCAGCAAGGUUUUCUCAGUGUGAGAAGUUAAACUGCAAGCUUUAGAGUGGCCCCAUGAAUAAAGCCAGGAUCUGAA